AUGUAUCACGACGCUAUGAUGGUCCCCCUGUCCACCUUGGGUCUGGCCUGGUUGCUGGGCCUGGGGCUCGGUGAAUCGCCGGUGAACCCCAGUGUUUUGCCUCGGCUCACCUGUGCAGCGGAGGUGGGUGUGCAACUCACCCCGUUAACCACACUGGGGAUGCUGCUCCGUGGGGGUGGGUCUGCAGCGGGCGCCCGUGGGUAUCUCGCCCGCAGCUUCGUGCACCGUGCUGGGGAAGCGGAGGGAAAGCGCCGCGGAACAAAGGGAGCGGGAGUUAGCCGUGUUGUUAGCCUGCAGCCAGGGAACUACACGGAGCGCUAG